AUGUCGCUAUUCGUCAACCCAUACAAUGCUCAAGAAGUGCGCCAGGAAAAGAUUGACAUAGCUGAAGUGCAAUUCAACGCCAUGAACGUGACCUUCAACAACAUCCUCCAUACCUGUCUCGAGAAAUGCAUUCCACACGACGUGUACAGCGAAAGCGAUCUGAACAAGGGCGAAAUGUGCUGCAUAGACCGGUGCGUCGCCAAGAUGCACUACAGCAACCGCCUGAUCGGAGCGCUAGUCCAGGCAAGAGGAUUCGCUCCAGACGCGCAUUUAGCUCAUUACGACAAGUUCAAACAACCGCAACUGGACAUAGGAUCAUGA